GCCGAGGUGAUGGCUGAACCAGCCUGUGACACUUCUCCUGCCCCAGGGUUGGAAAGUGCCGAGGCGAUGGCUGAAGAAGCUUGUGACAGGUGUCCUCCCCCAGUGUCAGAAGGUGCCAAGGCGAUGGUGGCAAAAGACUGUGACGGGUCUCCUGCCCUAAUGUCGGAAGGUGCCAAGGCAAUGCCUAAAGAAGCUGGGGACAUGUCUCCUGCCCCAGUGUCAGAAGGUCCCAAGACGAUGGCUAAAGAAGCGGGUGACAUGUGCCCUCCCCAAGUGUUGAAAGAUGCCAAGGCUAUGGCUAAAGAAGGGGGUGACAUGUGUCCUCCCCCAGUGUCUGAAAGUACCAGGGCAGUGGCUGAAGAAGGGGGUGACGUGGGUCCUCCCCCUGUGUCCGAAGGUGCCAAGGCAGUAGCUGAAGAAGUUUGUGACAUGUGUCCGCCCCCAGUGUCAGAAGUUGCCAAGGCGGUGGCUGAAGAAGUUUGUGACAUGUGUCCUCCCCCAGUGUUGGAAGGAACCAGGGCGGUGACUGAAGAAGGGGGUGACGUGUCCUCCCUCGGUGUCCGAAGGUGCCAAGGAGAUGGCUGAACAAGCUUGUGACCAGUCUUCUGAGGAGUCCCUCAAUCCCCAAGAGCCUCAGGAUGCCAGCCCGACCACCCCGCAGAAGGUGAAGAAGGUGAAGAAUCCGAGGCGCUUCAGCCACUCCAAGCACAGGGACAUUUUGGCCAUCUAUUUCCCCAAGGUGCUGAAGCACAUUCAUUCAGGCCUCAUCCUCUCCCGGUCGACCGUGAGCGUCCUGGACUCCUUUGUCAAGGACAUGUUCCAGCGCAUCACCAACGAGGCCGGCAGCCUGGCCGGCCAGAACCAUCGCUCCACCAUCACCUCCAGAGACAUCCAGGUGGCCGUGGGCCUCCUGCUGCCCGGGGAGAUCUUCAAGCACGCCGUGUACGAGGCCACCAGGGCCCUCAGCCGCUCACAUCCCCGCCAGUGAGCCGACUCUGGGCGCCCUCAGCAGCCAACCCCAAAGGCUCUUUUCAGAGCCAUCACUGGGCCCAAAAUACCUGUAGUGCUGUCAGUACUGCACAGCUCAUGUCUCGGGGUGGGCAAGAGGGUGCCCUGCCCAUCUCCAAGGAUUA